AUGGUCGAUUGGCGGGACCCUGAGACCAUGCUCAUGCAGGCCGGGGCCAUGAGCAAGGUCAUACACGUCAUGGAUGGGAUCUACAUUUGGGACUUCUUAUCUACCUGCCGAUACGAGGUUGAGCUUUUUCGAGGGAGAAUAUCUUUCCGCUGGACAGUGUGGCUCUACCUGGGGUGUCGCUUCUUCACGUUGGCUGAGGUCGCCUCCGACCUCGCGGGCUUCAACAUAUCCACUCGCUUCAACUGCAGACUAUGGGUAGUGCUCAUUGACACCUUUGCGUAUACCGCGUCCUCAUUGGCCAUGGCGUUAUACGGCAUCCGGACGAUCGCGAUCUGGAAACGCGAGCCGUACAUCAUUGCUAUGAUUAUCGUGAUUAUGAUAGUCAAUGUUGCCCUCUGGAUUCGCACGACUAUACUAAUGAAAGCAGACUGGGACCCAACCUAUAGUACAUGCUUCUUCAUCAACACCGAAGUUGCAUUCGCAUCCAUCAUGAGCGUUCUUGCUUCUCAUGUCAUACUCUUGACGGCUAUGGUCGUCGGUAUCUUGCGGCAUAAACCCAGGUGGAGCACGCUAGUAUGGAGGUUCGGGCGCGAGGGCGUCUGGUGGCUAUCUAUGUCUACAUGUGUAUUAAUCGUGUGCGCUACAUUCUUGGCGCUGGAUCUGAACGACGUGAUGAACUUGAUGUUCCAAACGCCAACCCUCAUCUGUAUUACUAUCGGUGCAACUAGAAUCUUCCGAUCCAUCUACAUCGGAUACUCUGGCGACCUCUUCCAGUACGUGGAAACCUCCGUCGACAACCGGGGUAAAGUGCAUUUCCGACGACGUCGGAUGAGCGGGCCGGGAUCGGUGCCUGACUUGACCGUCCCGUUGGACGACCUCAACGCCGAUGAUCGCGAGCGCAAGCGCUUCGUGGAAAGGUUCAAAGCGCGAGAUAUCAAGUUUGGAGAUGGCACCGCCCGCGAUUCGCUGUCUGGCAUCGAUGGUCUUGAGCCUGCUGAUGUGAAGAGUACUGAUCUGCCCGAACGGUCGUCGAGAGCGUCCUAG